AUGUUUCGUUCUCUUUACUGUAUUUGGCCAAGAAAAUUGAACGCUCCUUCUUUUUGGCUUGUCUCGUUUUUCAUAAUUUGCGCUAUUUUUGUGUUUACAAGAGACGAUAAUCUAGAAACGAUGUGCCUCAGGAACCGCCAGCUUCAAAGUUCAAGUUACAUCGAUGACUUCAAAAUGUUAAAUUCUGACGACUGUGAGGACAGAAUCGAAGCAAGACAAGAGAAUAGCGCGGCAAAUAAAACCUUGAAACAAGACAUAAACUGCUCCUACAUAAUUGCUGAAAACGCCAUUUUAAGAAGAAAAUUAGAAAUGUUCCAGCGAUUGAACAAGUUUAUGGAACUUGAUUCCACGGCAAGCAAGUACGGAAGUAAAAUACGGCAAAACAUUUUGAUCAUUUCUGAUUUUGCUUCCGGGAGUUCUUAUCUUGGAGAAAUUCUCAACCAGAACCCGCAGGUGUUUUAUCUCUACGAGCCACUGAAAUCAUUAGAAUACUACCGUGAAAAUAGACCAGAGAGCGUCUAUGAUGAGAUGGUAACACACUUGUUGAACGGAAUUUUUCAUUGCAACUUCAUGGAGCUUACAUACUAUACAAACUUUUUAUCAUUUCAGUACAGCUCAUUGCGUCAUCGACUCGCCAGUCGAGCGUUAUCUUCGCCCCCCUUAUGCCCAGAUAACAUUAACAUUCCUCAUUAUAGUAUUCGUAAGUGCGCGCCAUUGAGACCACAAGCAACCUCGGCAUUUUGCCGUCUUCACAAGCACACGGUUGUUAAAACAAUCAGAGUAAAUUCAAUUCAUAAGCUCUCUUAUCUUGUAGACAGUGUAAGACCGGUGGAUUAUUCACUAAAAGUGGUUCACUUAGUUCGCGAUCCACGCGCGGUUUUGAACACGAAAGUUCUGGACAGUUCAAACGAAAACUGGACGGUGAAAUCGGUGCGCGAACAUGCACAGUCCUUGUGCCGUGACAUGUUGCGUAAUGUAAAGUACGCAGUAAGUGCGCCUUCUUGGUUACAAGGGCGUUAUACGUUGCUAAGAUACGAGGAUCUAGCAACAAACCCGCAUCAAAUCGCAGAGCAACUGUACAAGUUUAUUGGGGUGAACAUUGCCCCUGAGGUGCGAUUAUGGAUUGAUCGCGCGUUGCAAAAGGGAUUUGCAAGUCCUUCCGUUAACUCAAUUUAUCGCGAAUUCUCUUACAGUACGCAAAAUCUACCUGACUCGGUGCAAAAAUGGCGCAAGCAAAUGCCUUACUCAAUUGUGCGCUUAGUUGAAACAGAAUGCUACGAGGUAAUGAAUCUUCUCGGGUACAAGAUUGUUGAAGACGAAGAUGAACUAAGGACGGUGUCUUUCCCACUAACAGAUUAG